GCAGAGUCGCAGCGACAGUGACGACUGAGAAACUGUCAAAGGUUUUAAAACGUUUAAUCUCAGACUCUGAGAGAAAAAUGGGAAUAACUGCCGUCUUUGUUCUCUGCAGCUUUGCAGUGACCACAGCACAGAGUCCAGUGACUCGAGAGGCCGACGUUCCCUUUCUCAGCGCUCAUGCCUCUCAGAGCGCUAAGCUGGAGUGCUGCUACAUCACCGCUGGGGCGGCCGACAAAGCCUCUCUGACCUGGGUCAGAACCUUUAAAUCUGGAGGCAAAACUGUGGGUCCACUCGAAGUGAAGCAGUCUGAACAUGCGGCUAUGGGAGACUCGGCCAAAGGUGACUCACAGUGUGGAACACUGACUCUGGCCUCACUGCAGCUCAAUGACACUGGACUUUACCAGUGUCUGUUCCGCAGCAGUAAGAUCCUCUCCUAUGGCACCUACCUGCAGGUCUACUGGCCACUGAAGAAGAUAAUAAAUGUCAGUGAAAGCACCAAGAACAAGAUCCUGACAGCUGAGGGCUUCCUGCUGUUACUGUGUAUGCUCUUACCAACUGCAGGCCUCCUCUUCAAGUCAAAGAAACUACACGAACUAGAGAAGAAGAAAGCAGCAAAGGAAGAGGAAAACAUAUAUCAGGGGCUGAAUCUGGAAGAUUGUUGUUCCACAUAUGAUCAGAUCGAGCGUCCCCAGGCUCCGGGCCCUUACCAGGAUGUGUGCAACUUUAUGGAAGAAGAGGAGGAGAUUCAGCUGGAGAAACCAUGAAGGAAAUCCAUUUUGAAAGCUUUGGUUUUUUUCACAUUAGCCGUCAGCAUCUUUAAAUAUGUUAUUCAAUCCGCUUCAUGUAUGUGAAUUUCUGAGCUUAGAAACAAGAGUUGACAAUAUAAGCUUUUUCAAGUAGCACAUGAUCUUCCUCAACAAAUGAAUCCAUGGUCAGGGAAUGAUAAGGCUAUAUACUGUAUGUACGUUCAUAUUUAAUAUCUGCAGGUUCACAGUGAUGACAGUGUGAUAUGAUGUGAAAGCUCCAGAACUGAUGCUGAGUGAACCUCACGAGUUUGAAAGCAGCAUAUUUCUUGCAUUUUGACGAUAAACAGAGGCGUCACAACAGUGUAGGUAAAGUUUUAGACUGUCUGCCCCGACGUGUUCCACUGGCACAUUCACACCCAGCCAGCAUGUUCCUGUGGACCCCAUAAUCGUUAUCUUCUGGCUGACAUGAUGGAUCCCAAGUGGGUUUGCCCGUGGUUUCCAUGGUGGCCCCACCCGUGUUUGCCCACUGCAAGGCCAUGCUCACACAUACAAUAGUACUGUUUGAUUAUCAGAAGACAUGUCGCUAUGCUGUCUAUGUACGCAAAACACUGUGCAGAGGCUUUUAUCGACUGCUAUUGCUAACAAUGGUUAGCCCGCAUGUUUGUUUGUUUGUUUGUUUUUUACAUAUUCUCUCUGGUAAGUGGAACACUCUGAGGUGGCGUCACUUCCAGCUCCGACUUCCAAGUUCCAAUGUAAAUGUAACGUAGCAGAAGCAGGCAACCGCCUGAGAACAGCUGCUGACAUCACGGUCUCUCCUUACUUGGUAUUGAUGAAGGAGUAACACCAUUUUUAAUAGGGGGCAGAAUCGAAUUUGAAAGCAAUAGGGCUAAAUAUUAGACACAUUGUUUUCUUAAUCCAGAUUUGGACUAAAACCAAUUUUACUACUUAAGGCCUGGCUGAAUGAUCCAUAUUACUAAGAAAAUCUAAUCCUUUUUUUCUUCUGCCAUAACCCACAUCCCCACAAAAUAUGUAGAUGCAUGAUUUUCUUGAGUUACAGAGAGAGGGCAAACACUGGGAAAACAUGAGACUUUAAUGAGAGUUGGUCUGUUGUAGGGCCCCCUGUGUCCCUUUUCCCUGGGGCCCCAAAGAGCCUUGAAGCACCCCUGGCCGUUGAUGACUUUUUCUUGUUGCCAUAACUGUGAGUGUUGU